AUGAAUGACCAAUGUCUCACUCCUUCAUCAUCAUUUUCUAGUCUAGAAACCAACAAUUCUUCAUGGAGUUUUAUGACGGAAAGUGAUUCUGAAUCAGAUGAUGCUGACCAAGCAGCGGAACUUCCGGAGGCAAAAAAAAAUUAUGAAAAGCAAUCAGACUGCGAAAUGGAAAUCAAAUCGUAUCUUAAAUUCGAUACCUCUAAUUUUCAACAUGAGAAUAAUGUUUGGGCUUUGGGAAAUGAAGUCGGGGUAGAAGUUGAGAGCGAAUUCAAUCUGGAUGAUGAUGACAAUGAUAAUGAAAAUGAUGCGAAUACUGAUAGUGAUGAUGAGUACGAUGAUAAUGAUGAUGAACUCUUUCUUAUUUCUGAAGACGAUGUGCUUAAUGAUUCAGAUGCCCGGAAGUACAUUGACGUUGCCAGAAUAUCAAGAAAGUUGGAUGAUUUAUCGAGAUGUUUUGACUCGCCUUUCAGUCGUAUACUCGAUGAUUUUGGCUUGGAGAGGAAUAUUGGCUUUAUGGCAAUUUUUUCACUUGUGGCUAUUGUUGUUGUCGUCUUUUACUUCAAUUACACUACCAAAAAGUUAGAAUUAUCCCCUAUGGACGAUCUGUGUUUCGCUGACAACGUUAGUUUCUUGAUUGUCAACGAUCAGCUUAUCGAUCUGCAGUAUCGAUAUGAACUCCCUUCUGUCCCUACUUCAAGUCCACUUAUUGAAGUCAUAUUAAAACCAACUAUAUUUUCUUGGUCUUCUCCAUCAUCAGAAACUAAGUCACUACCUGCAAAUGCACCAAUUACUUAUACUUACAAUCCAGGAAAUAUGAAUUCAAUAUCUCGGAAACAGGAACACUUUUCUCAUGAAAUAAUUACUAUGAAUGAGUCGGUUCAACGAUAUUUAAAAUAUACGGAAAAAAUGAAGAAGAUGGAGAACAAAAUUAAUGCUUUAAUUUCUAUAAAUACAAAUAAAACAACGGAUGAUGCACAAGCAGAAAUGUAUAAAGAAACUGAAAAACAAUCCAGUGCGAUAUCGAUACCUACCUUGCCGAUUCCUCCAUUUUCGGAAACUUUUUUUGAAGCUGAAAAAGAGCGAAAAUCACUCACAUCACUUUCAUAUUCUUCAUCACCAAGCGUAUCGCUGAAAAAAAAUGGGGUACAGCCUGUAGUGGGUAACGAUCUUUGCGUGGAACCUAUUGAAGAACCAUGUUUACCUAAAAAAAUGUUUUCGAACUCUGUAAAAUUAAAAACAGCAAAACCAAAAUACAAUAACAAUUCGGAUCAAUUUCUUGAGGAGAAAAAGUUUCAAAAGCAAAAACAAGAAAAAUAUGCUAUCAACCAAUCAAAGGCUUAUAUUGGAAGAACUGCACAUCAGCUGGAAAAAAAUAUGUGCAAAAGUGAAGAAACGGUCUCAAAAACCAUUGAAGAGACUAAGAUUCUUCUCAUUGAACGUUCAAAAAAAUCUGUCAAUCACGUGACUAUGAAAGAGUCAUCAAAGGCUAACAAAAUGUAUUGGAAAAAUGAGAAAAAGCGAUGCAUACUAAAUUCUACUUGCGGUGUUUUGACAAGUCUUGCUCGGACUCUAGCGAGUAUCAGUCUUUUUCCAGCUAUUAUUGGGCAAAGCAAUGCUGUUAAGUAUAUUGAUUCCUUACUGGAUUUUUCAACUUGUAAUGGUUUCCGUUUGGUUUGUGAAGCCUGUUGGUGGACCAAAGAAUGCUGCCCUAGGAAAAAAUGUGAUUUUCGUCCGUGGCAAUUACGUUUUAAUACAAAGCGGUUUUUGAUUUCACAGCAUCAAGAAAUGUCCGCGGUAUUCAAACUACUUGAUAAUGGCAGCAGAUUAAGGCCUGAUCCUCCUCAUCCCAGUCACUCUGACCAUUCGAAAUACAGACCAAUAUAUGGGAAAUCGAUGGACAAGCGAAAAUGA